AAGAAAGAAACGUGUGAUGGUUCAUAUUCUUCCCAGAACAACUUCUUCCGUACACAUUACACACUACACACACGUCAAAGCCAUUUAUACUCGACACAGCGCAUCAUAUCCACAUUUAAACAUGCAAGAAAACACAUAUACAAAUACACACGUACACACAGCACAUACACACAACGCAUACACACAACACAUACACACUUAAACAUCUUACCGGUUGGAACAUAAGCACCAUGGAAGUCGUAGGUAAACAACACUCUAACUCACGGAAGGCUGCAUCGCAUAAUCACUCACAUGAAAAUAUACGUGCCGCUCCACCGCUGAUGAAAUGGGUCACAUUUAUAGUCAAAGCAGGUGAAAGUCUACCCAUAGGUGACGCCAAUGGUCUGUCAGACCCGUACGUUACUAUUGAUUUGGGCAAGAAACGCAUAGUGAAGACUUCUGUGAAGUUCAAAACACUCGAUCCGGAAUGGAAUGAAGAGUACCACGUACAAGUAGACCUCAAUGACCCAGCCCAGGAGUUUGUGGUGUGUGUGAAAGAUAAAGACUUUAUCGGCAUAGAUAAACUGUGCUACAUGACUCUGCCACUGAAGAAGCUCAGACAAGAAGGAUCAGUUGAGGGCUGGCAUUACCUCACGAAAAAGGCUCAUUUGAUAGCAGAAAUAGGUAUGGAUUUAAAACAGGAGAUACCGCACAAGGAGGAUUGCUUCACCAGUAGAUAUGUCUGUGGCUGUAUAAUAAGUCAGCGUCGUAUGUGUGCUACUGUUCGUUAUGCUUAUGUAAUUCAUAAAGGGAAGUGA